AUGUCCAAGGUUGAUUGGACGUCAAGCAAUGCUUACACACAGUUCAAGAUGUGGCGAAAGGAAGUUGAGAGAAUCAUAGGAGGACCCCUAGCUGCUAAAACAGACAUUGUGAAAAUCAACCAUAUCUACAUAUGGGCAGGCGCCCAUGCUGAAACACUGAUAGAAGCUCGGAAAGCUGAAAAUCCAGACACAGAAGUGUCCAAACCAGAUAAACUCUUGGAUGCCUUCGCUGGAUGUCUCACACAUUCCACCCAAUUCCGAGAAGCACGUGAGGCAUUCUACAACAUCAAGCAACAAAGUGGAGAAAAUACAACGAUGUAUUACUCCAGAAUCAUAGCAUUGUACCAACAGUCAGAAUUCCCAGACGGUUCAGAUUUUCUCAUCGUUGAUAAGCUGAUACAUGGCUGCACAAAUUCUGACAGUAAACGUAAGCUUAUGGCUAAGCCAAAGGCUGUUACUGUGAAAGACUGCCUCGACCUUCGUGAAGAGGAAGCUCUGACCCACACAAUGCAGAAGCUGCAAGGCACCAGUGUUAAUGCAGCAUACUCCAAAGAUCCGACCAAGCGAUCACAGCGAAAUGGAUCCCGCAAACCUCAGCCUCAACAUCAGAAACCUAGCUACAAGCCUAGUUCCAAACCAUCAAAAACAUGUGUUUACUGCAAUGGCGAUCCCCACCCCAGGAGUAAGUGUCCAGCUCAAAAUUCCAAAUGCAAUUACUGUGGUAAACAGGGACACUUUGAAAAAGCCUGCAUCGGAAAGAAACGUCAGAAAUCCAAAAAAUCAGUGUAUGUCGUUGAAGCCUCAGAUGAUAGUGACUAUAGCUACGACAUGAGUUCAGUAAGCGUCUCUGCAGUUGGAACCAAUAGUUCAGUACGAGAAGUGUUAACAGAUGUGACUUUCCGUGUGCCAUUCAAAUCAUUCAAAAUGAUUGGCAAAGUGGACACAGGAGCAAUGGUGUCAUGCAUCCCCCUUGAGAAGCUGCCAAGCAUCGGUCUCAAGAAGAAGGACAUCCAGCCCAGCAGUGAUGUUCUGAGAGGUAUCUCUGGAACCAGUCUAGAGAGCCUUCUGACCAUAAGUGUCAAUACAACUUGCAAUGAUAUCACCGCUUCUUCCAAUUUCUAUGUAACCAUACAUGGAAAAGAACUGAUUCUAGGUAUAGGCUUCUGUAAAAGCUUCAACCUUGUCAACAUCUCCAACACAUGCAUCCAACGUCAAAUCCAGGUUGAAAACGCAGUUCACGUGACUGAUGAAUCCACAGUGGAUUUCGCACAGCUGCAAUCCAAGUGGUCACGGUAUCUUCCCCUUGGAAAGAAAACCGGCGAUCCCCUUGAGGACCUCAAACUCAUCUUCCCCACAGCCUUUGAUGGUAAAGUAGGCCUGUUCAAAGGUGAAGCAGUCCUCAAGCUCUCCCCAGAUGCUAAGCCAGUCCAACUUGCUCCCAGAGCAGUUCCCCAGAGCCUUCUCCCUGAGCUCAAAAAGCAGUUAGAUGAGAUGGAGAAGGAAGGCAUCAUACGUGAAUGUCCAGAAACCACAGACUGGGUGCAUAAUCUCGUGUUACCAGUCAAGAAAUCUGGAGGAUUAAGGAUCUGCCUGGAUCCAAGAAACCUCAAUAAACACCUGAUACGUAACGUCUAUUACACCGCGUCUUUCGAAGAUGCCCAACACAGCUUCAGGAAUGGCAAGCUGUUCUCCACACUGGAUGCAAAAUGUGGGUAUUGGACGAAGAAACUGAGCCCUGAAAGCCAAUUAAUCACAGCAUUUAACACUCCUUUCAAAAAGUACUGUUUUGUGAGGAUGCCAUUUGGACUUUCAGUCUCAUCUGAAAUCUUCCAACAGGAAAUGGAUAACUCUCUGACAGGCAUACCCGGAACCUUUCCGUGUGCCGAUGAUGUCAAAGUGCAAGGAUCUGAUGAACUCCGUCAUGACAUCAAUCUUCUAGAGACUGUCUACAGAGCUACCAAGGCUGGUCUGAAGUUUAACCCAGCAAAGUGCAACAUCAAGAAACCCCGGGUUAGCUACUUUGGUAGGGUGAUUACACCAUCUGGUGUGGAGCCAUGCCCUGAUAAAGUGAAAGCUGUCUUGCAGAUGCAAUCACCCCAAAACAAGCAGGAGCUACUAAGCUUGUUUGGAUCCAUUAAUUUCCUGUCAACUCACAUUCCUAAUCUGUCCAAGAAAACACAGCUCAUGAGAAGCCUCCUCAAGAGUGACACACACUAUGUAUGGACCAGUGACAUGCAAAAGGAAUUUGACACUCUCAAAUCUGCAGUGAAGAAUCACAUGGAUAACGUCCACUUUGAUCCAUCAAAGAAAAUCUACAUCGAAACCGAUGCAACCCAGAAGGGACUUGGUAUUGUCAUGCAUCAAGAUGGGAAACCAGUCAAGUUCCUAAGCCAUUCCCUGACACCAGCAGAGAGCAACUACUCCAACAUUGAGCGUGAGCUCUUAGCUGUCCUCGUUGCACGUGAGAAACUUCACAGCUAUAUCUUUGGUCAGAAAGUGACUAUUCAUACUGAUCACAAACCCUUGGAAUCCAUCUUCCAAAAGCCAAUCAGUCUGGCUCCACCCAGACUACAGCGCAUGCUACUCAGGAUGACACAGUAUGACCUAGAUGUGAAAUACGUCGGCGCAAAGAAGGUUCUCUUGGCUGACACGCUGUCACAGUUGAGCCACAUGGCACCCCGGUCCCAGGAUUUGAUAUACACAUAG